AUGCAUGGUGCAGGCUAUGGUGGGCUGUCCUGAUGUCUGCAAGUGCUCUAGAAAGUCCAAUCUGGAAAAAUCAGAGGUCAACUGCCAUAAGAAGGGGCUUCAUGCCUUUCCCUCUAAUAUUCCAUCUGAUGCCUGGAUCCUCAAACUAGGUGAGAACGGGAUCACAAACCUGAAGGCCAAUAUUCUGAGCUCAUAUCCCAAGAUGGAGAGCCUCAACCUGGAACGAAAUGCUAUCAAGUCCAUCCAUCCACAGACUUUUUCUGGUGCAAAACAACUAAUGCUUCUCAAUCUUUAUGGCAACCACAUCACCCUCCUUCCACCAAGGGGAUUUCAGGACCUCCUGAACCUUCGCUUCCUCAUGCUGGGCCAGAACCAGAUUGGCAUACUCAAACCUGAGAUGUUUAUUGGCAUGAGGAACCUCUCAGAGCUGGACCUACCUCUAAAUGCAAUGACAAUGCUCCCAUCUAAUGUGUUCAAACCUUUGAUUGCCCUUAAAGUUUUGGACCUCUCAAUAAAUCGCAUACAAAGGAUUUCUUCUAAGGCCUUCACUGGACUCAGGCAGCUCUUGUUCCUCAACUUGGACAAUAACAGUCUGAAAACUGUCCCUGCUGGAGCGUUUAGGCCUCUGCGAUCUCUGGAAAUGCUGGUUCUCGACAAUAAUCUUCUGUCUGCUCUGAGUCAGUCAGCUUUGGAUGGCCUGAGCAACUUGCAGGAGCUCUACCUGAGGAAUAACGAGCUGGAUCACCUGCCAUCUGAUGUGUUCAGCAACAUGCCCAAACUUUCUCAGCUGGCACUCAGUGGAAAUCACCUAAAGACAGUGGAUGGAAACAUGUUUAGUCAUAUGCCUGAGCUGAAGAAGCUGUACCUCCAUGAUAAUCCAUGGCACUGCGACUGUAAUAUUAUCUCCUUGAUAAGGUGGAUAGGAGAAACCAAGGCCACCUUGUCUCCCCAGAAUGCACUAAAAUGUGUCAGCCCUUCAGACCUUAAAAGCAAAAGUCUCAUCAGCCUCCAAGCUGGGAUGCUGCACUGUGGUGCCUAAUACAAAGAAAUCUGAAUAAAGACCAAAACAUUGGCUCCGACUCAUAGAGAUUCAGAUAAUAAUCAUUAUAUUAAACCAUUUUCUUUUUUCAGUAGGUUACAUCAGUGUUUGUGGCAGUCACUUCUAUCUAGUGUGAAUUCUAAAAGCUUCCUUGGAAUCAAAUUUCUGUGCUUAUUUUCACAUCUUCUGGUUUUAGGCUUUCCACUGUCCACAUGAUUUAGGAAAAUGCUCCCAUUCACCUUAAUAACAAGAAUGUUCAAUGCACUGCAUAAAGUUUUUGUCAUUUUGAGUGGAGAAAAUAAUUCCUUCAUGCAUUUAACACUCAUUCACUCACUGUAACUGGAAAAAAAGAUUAGCAGAAAAAGUCUGUGUUUGGAUUACUGUUUUGUAACAAUGCUUCUUUGUAAUAAAUCUGACAUUGUGAGAAAGCCUGUUUAUUUCCCUCUCAAAUGGCACCACAUUCAUCACAAAAAUACAUCCUAACUGAUGGAAAGAAGACCUCUGUAAGUGUGCUUCUUAACUGACUCUAAAGACACAGCGUGAGUUGGGAUGGUGCUUAUAAUGAAAAUAAAAACAAUGCUG